AUGAAAGAAAAUGGAGGGUUUUUUUCAAGAAGGGAUGUAUUUGAUGUGAACUAUGAUUGUUUUGCUUCUUUUAUCUUAUUUUUGAUAAUCCCAGCUGAAUCUCCAUCGCAGCCCACCUCCAAGUCCACCACCCAAAGGCUCCAAUCCCACCAAGAUUCUAUCGUUCUCUGCCUUUGGGAUUGCAGCAGCCCACCACCAUACCAGGAUCUCUGCCCAAGAUUUUCUUGCACAUAUUUAAAUAUUUGGGGGUUAAACUUAUAUGAACGUCUCAAUCUCUGGUUUCAUGUACUUUUGCUACAUUUUGUAGGGGUUGGUUCAACGAUUGGUGCUGGAGUUUAUAUUCUUGUUGGCACAGUUGCAAGGGAGCAUUCAGGGCCAGCCCUUACCUUUUCCUUUCUAAUAGCUGGUAUCGCAGCUGCUCUUUCUGCCUUCUGCUAUGCCGAGCUAGCGAGUCGUUGCCCAUCUGCUGGGAGUGCCUAUCACUAUUCUUACAUUUGCGUUGGAGAAGGUGUUGCUUGGUUAAUUGGUUGGGCGUUAAUCCUGGAAUACACUAUUGGGGGGUCUGCGGUUGCUCGUGGCAUAUCUCCAAAUUUGGCCUUACUCUUUGGAGGUCCAGAUAGUCUCCCUUCUUUUCUAGCUCGUCAGACCAUCCCAGGGCUUGAUAUUGUGGUGGACCCAUGUGCAGCUAUCUUGGUGUUUGUAGUCACUGGGCUUUUGUGUGUUGGAAUCAAGGAGAGUACAUUUGUUCAAGGAAUUGUAACAGCAGCUAAUACUUGUGCCAUGAUCUUUGUCAUCAUAGCUGGUGGAUAUUUGGGUUUCAAGACUGGAUGGCCCGGCUAUGAACUUUCUGUUGGGUAUUUUCCAUUUGGGGCUGAUGGCAUGCUUGCUGGGGCAUCGACUGUUUUCUUUGCAUACAUUGGCUUUGAUUCAGUUGCUAGUACUGCAGAAGAGGUAAAAAAUCCGCAACGAGAUUUGCCAAUGGGUAUUGGUAUUGCACUAUCUAUAUGUUGCACGUUGUAUAUGCUGGUCUCUGCCAUAAUCGUUGGUUUGGUGCCAUAUUAUGCGAUGGAUCCUGACACUCCCAUCUCAUCUGCAUUUGCUAGCCACGGAAUGAAGUGGGCUGCGUACAUAAUAACUCUUGGAGCUUCUACUGCUCUUUGCUCGACAUUGAUGGGUUCUAUCCUACCACAGCCUCGAAUACUUAUGGCAAUGGCUAGAGAUGGAUUGCUGCCGUCAUUUUUUUCCGAUGUCAAUAAACACACACAAGUUCCUGUGAAGAGCACUGUAAUUACUGGUUUACUUGCUGGAAUCUUGGCAUUCUUCAUGGAUGUUGAACAGUUGGCAGGCAUGGUCAGUGUUGGUACACUAGUUGCCUUUACAACGGUGGCAAUUUCUGUGCUGAUACUGAGAUAUGUUCCACCAGAUGAGGUUCCACUUCCAUCGUCUUUCCAGGGUGCAAUAGAUUCAGUUUUGACGCGGUAUAGUAGCAGUAGUUCUAAAGAAGUCGAUGUGGAAAACUCAAAAGCCAAUGCUAUAACCUCAAGUGACAACAUUCCACUUUUAGUUAGCAAGGAAACACCUGUUGGGUAUCCUAUUGUUGAGAAAGCAGCUGUGCGGUGCAACUUCGUAGUGAAUAAAGCCAAUAGGCGGAUGAUUGCUGGCUGGACAAUCUUGCUUACAUGCAUUGGAGUGCUUGUCCUCACCUCAGCAGCUUCAAGCGUGAGCCUUUAUAGCUCCCUUCGAUUUACACUUUGUGGAAUUGGUGGCAUUCUCCUUUUAUAUGGUCUAGCAUUCCUCACGUGGAUCGACCAAGAUGAUGCAAGGCACAACUUUGGGCAUUCGGGAGGUUUCAUUUGCCCAUGUGUUCCGCUGCUACCGAUCGCCUGCAUUCUCAUCAAUGUCUACUUAUUAAUUAAUCUCGGAGGCUCUACUUGGACCCGUGUAUCAAUAUGGUUAGCUAUAGGAGCAAUAGUUUAUCUUUUCUAUGGCCUGAGGCACAGCUCAUUGCGAGAUGCAGUUUAUGUUCCUGUAGCCCAUGUUGACGAAAUCUACCAAAGCUCAAGAAAUUCUCUGUCGUAAUUCUUUAUAACCUUUCGGGUAGAAAACUAUCCAAGUUCAGAAUCAUCACAAGUCAAAAGUGUAGUAAUUAGUUUUCUUAUUCGAUGAACGAACUGACAAAGUAUGACUUUUUAUCCUGAUCUUGGGCUGCUGGUUUGUGUGGAUAAAGUACCAUUUGUGUGUUUCAUAUCUCAGAAACACUCUUAAUUCUACUGUAAUAUGUGAUCUUUUACAAUCUCGAAAGGGGACGAGGAAGAAAGUGAAAAUGAAAACUUGUAAAUAUAUAUUUUUUCAUUUGGUCGGCCUGUGACAAUAUUGUACUUCUGUAGCGUACAUUGUAAAUUAUAUGUGUGAUUUUGAAGUUAAUUGAAAUUUUAGGACCUCAUAUUAUAAA